GACUGCACAGUCCACCAUGGGUUCCUCUCGAGCACGCCGCACAGGGCGUGUGGGAGGGCAAGGAAUGAUGGCGCUGCUGCUGGCCACUCUGCUCCUGCCAGGUACCUUGGCAAAGAGCAUCAAGACCUUCUCGGACCCCGUGAGGAACUCUGCUCGCAUCACCUCCCCCAACGACCCCUUUCUCAAUGGGGGUUCCAAUAGCAUCAGUAGCCACGGAGGCUCCAGCAGCCUCAGUUCCGGUUCCAGUGGUGGUGCUGGGGGUGGCUCUGGUGGUUCUGGUGGCUUCAGUGGCUCCAGUGGCUCCAGCAUCUCCCAGGGGGGUUUUUCAGGAUCUUCCUCAUUUAAACCAGGAACAGGGUAUUCCCAGAGCAGCUUCUCUGGUUCUGGCUCUAAUCUUCAAGGUGCAUCUGGUUCCUCCCAGUUCGGAAGCAGCAGCUCCCAGUUUGGAAGCAGCCAAUCUGGAAGCAGCGGCUCUCAGCCUGGAAGCAGCGGCUCUCAGCCUGGAAGCAGCGGCUCUCACUCCGGAAGCAGCAGCUAUCAAUAUGGAAGCAGCGGCUCUCAGACAGGAAGCAGCGGCUCUCACUCUGGAAGCAGUAGCUAUCAAUCCGGAAGCAGCAGCUAUCAAUCCGGAAGCAGCAGCUCUCACUCCGGAAGCAGCAGCUCUCACUCCGGAAGCAGCAGCUCUCAGUCGGGAGGCUCAGCCCUCCCAGUUGAUGACAAUUCUUCCCGCCAUGUCAUAAGCUCUUCUCAGUCUGGAGGAGGCUCAAGCUCUUCUGUUUCCCAAACUUCAUGGAAGUCUGGCAGCAGUGGCCAAAACUCUAACCUGCCCCCCUGCAGUUCCAAUGUCCCCGACUCUCCCUGCAGUGGGGGUAAUAUUGUCUCACACUCCGGCACCUACAUCUCUAACUCCCACUCCGUGUCAGGAGGGAAAAGGCCAGUGGUGGUGGUGGUGGAGCAACAUGGCUCUGGUGGCCCUGGAGGGAUUCAAGGUGGUCCCUGCGGCAAUGGUGGCCUUCAAGGCAAGCCCUGUCCCCCCAUCACUUCCGUAGACCAUUCAUACGGCAGCUAUGAGGUGGUGGGUGGCUCCUCUGACAAUUACCUGGUCCCAGGCAUGACCUACAGUCGGGGCAAAAUCUACCCUGUGGGCUACUUCACCAAAGAAAACCCUAUCAGAGGCUCUCUGGGGCCCCCCUCCUUUGCAGCUGGCCCACCCGUCUCAGAAGGCAAAUACUUCUCUAGCAAUCCCAUUAUUCCCAGUCAAAGUUCUUCUGGUUCCAGUAUCUAUCAGUCAGGACCUUCCUCCGUCAUUGUGUUCCAGCCAGUGGGUUCUGGUGGGGUCCAGCCUUGCAGAGGCAGUUCCAUGGGUUCUAAGGGGCCCUGCAGCUUCUCCGGCACCGGAAGCCACAGCAGUUCUAGUAUCUCCAUCAGUUCUGGUUCAUCCUCCCAUCCCUGCGGCGGGGUUUCCCAGGGACCCUGCUCCUCGUCAGGCACAGGCUCCUUCAGUGGCAGCUCCAGCUCCCAGUCUGGUGGUAAAAUCAUCCUUCAGCCCUGUGGCAGCAAGUCUACAUCUUCUAGUCACCCCUGCAAUUCUGUCUCCUCCUCUACGCUGAGUGGCGGCCCUGAUGGCAACCCCCAACCCGAUCCUUCGGCUGGUGCUAAGCCCUGUGGCUCUGGAAGUUCUGCAAAGAAUCCCUGCCGCUCCAUCCGAGAUAUCCUGGACCAAGUAAGGCCUCUGGGACCCCAGCUGGUUGACCCUGAGGUUUUCCAACCCAAGGGAGAGUUACCUGGCAGCUCAUAAAUCAGCUUUUGCCUACUGUAUGUGUACUAAUGCACACAUGCAUGCAUGCAUGCGCACAUGUGUGCGCGCACACGCACACAUACACACACAGAAGCAUCGUCAUCAUCAACAUCAUCAUCGUCGUCAUCAUCAUCAUCAUAGUCAUCGUUAUCUUCCAGUUGGGAGAAUUUCAGAGGCCCAGGAAGGGGUUAAUUCAUUUCCACCUUCUUCCCCCUCCUGAGAGAGCUGCUGUUGCUUCCCCCAUUACCCCAACGUGACGAGUUCUCCUGAUCACCCUCUUUCUUCAGCUUCCCAAAGUGGGGACUCCAAGCCCCCUUCUCUCCUCCUCUCCUGCUAGUUUCCUGCCAUCGACUGCAGUGCUGCUCUCCCUGACAGGCACCUCCUCUCUAAAAUUUUUCUCUGCCAUUUCCUUGAAAUGUCAGCGCUGAUUGGUGAAACUUACCGCAGGGUAACUCUGCUGCCGGAGCAAGUCACGACUCUUCUCCAGCUUUGGCAAAUAAAGUGCAGUCUGAACUGUUACCUGAAAAACAAUAGCCAUUUGUCUGACCUCCUCACCAUCUGGUAGAGCAAGGUGAUAAGCCAUUGUGUCUUCUCACUCCCAGUUCCACACCCGCCCUCCUUACAGAACUCACCACACCCUCAGGGGUUCCCAACACACCCCCUCGCCUCUCAAGCUCUCUGCCCCAGUCCCCCUUCCUGGCUGCCACUUCUCUCAACGCCCAGGU